AUUUCACACUGUUCUUCUUACUUUCGUCUCACCUUAUAUUUCUCAUCUUCAUUUACUAAACCCCUCUCUCUAGAUGCUUCAUUCCCUUACUUUCUCUCUCUAGAUUCUUGAUUCCCUUACUUUCUCUCUCUAGGUUCUUGAUUUUUAGAUCAAGAAACACAAAAUUUGCAGUACAAAAAAUGAACAAACCACAGAGACCGCCAUCGGGCCGUACAAAUCUAGCAUCGUGUAUAGUAGCAACAAUCUUUUUAAUCUUUAUAGUUAUCGUUAUCCUCAUUGUCUUUUUCACCGUUUUUAAACCUAAAGAACCCAAAAUCUCCGUUAACGCCGUCCAACUCCCGUCCUUUUCCGUCUCUAACAACACCGUUAACUUCACCUUCUCCCAAUACGUCUCCGUCAAGAACCCCAAUCGGGCCACUUUCACUCACUUUGACAGCACUCUCCAGCUCCUUUAUUCGGGCUCUCAAGUCGGUUUCAUGUUCAUACCCGCUGGGAAAAUAGAUUCGGGUCGGAUCCAGUACAUGGCGGCAAGUUUUGCGGUCCAGUCGUUUCCUUUGUCAACGUCGCCUGAUGCGGCGGUUAAUGUGGCGCCGGCUUUCGCCGGAAGUGAGUUUCCAGGUGUAGUUGGUGGUAAUACCGGGUUUCGAGUUGGACCCACUAUGGAAAUUGAGUCGAGGAUUCAAAUGGUGGGUCGGGUUCGGGUUUUGCGGGUUUUUACUCAUCAUGUGGAAGCUAAAGCAGAAUGCAGAGUGGAAAUUGCAGUGAGUGAUGGAUCAGUAUUAGGGUUUCAUUGCUAGUAAUUGUUUUUUGGGUGCUUAAUUAAUUAGUACAUUAGAGUUAAUUGUUGAAAAAAGUGUAAAAAUUUGACAGUGUUGUAAUGAAAUUUUGUGUAGAAAUUUUGAUCUACAUUUAGAAAGAUUUGAUAUUUCUGUA